GCAGCCAGUCUCAGCUGAGCUUCGGCGGUGUGUGGCUGUGGCUACCAAGUGUACCAAGAACCAAGUAUCAUUUUUUGGGGUUCCCUAUCGAUUUCACAUGAAGUAGAAUUUGUAUAGGGCCUAGGACGCUAAUUACAAAUAUACCAUCCACAGUCUCGAAGGCUCAGAACAUCGAAGCUCACGCCUGCCGAAGCUGAAAGGCGCUUUUGUAACCCCUUGCGAAUUUUCUGUACACUGACGGAGUCUGCCCGACAAAAAAGGGCAAAAAUAACGAAGAUUUGAAUGUAGAAUCCACACACACCUUCGUUUAAGGAAUCAUGGGACACCUCGUCGACCAAGUGGAGGUUGCCGCUCUCGAAACACGCGUGAGCAAGCCCCCAUCCACCAUCACCACCAACACAACUGUCGCUGCUGCCACCGCCGCCGCUGCUGCUUCUGCUGUUGCCUCUACCAUAACUGCCACUGCCUCCACCUCCACCACUACCACUACUGCUACCGUCGCUGCCACGACCUCUGGAUCCAUCGUCACAGCUACCGCAGCCACUUCUACUACAAAUGCGACAGUGGCGGCAACACAGGUCGCUGGCCAGUCUGCUCAGAAUCUCCAUCCGUCACAACUCAGGCCACAGUCCUCCGAGCAGAAUCAGUCCAAGCCUAAGCAGAGGAAGUUGCAGUUCAAACUUGAUGAUGAAGGCAGUCCAGAUAAGAAGCCCAAGGAGAGAGUAGAGGAGGACUGUCUUGAGGAGGAGGAGAGUGGGUGGUGGGCAGAAAGGGUGGCCAUGGCCCUAGGAGGAAUGACAGAAUAUAGGGAUGCCUGGUACAGGAGUCAUGCUCAUCUCCUACAUGCUGAUGGGCCUCUACCUCACACCUGGAGGCUCUACAUAGCUGCUUUGGCUGUAUGUCGUCAUGAAGUCAGUUGGCUGAUGCAGGCACUCUUAGCAGAUUUCAGAAAUGCUGGGGGAGACAUGCGAUGGACUGUGGGCCUUCAGUAUGCCCCGCCCAAAUUGUAUGCUCUUACUGCCAUUAACAAUAUUUUAGCUCAUCGUCCUUGGUUAUUAUCUCCGCAGCAUAUAGAGCAAUUAACAAGGGAUAAUAGUUGGUCUUUAGGCGAAUUAAGUCAAGCGCUGUGCAUCAUGACGCACUUCCAUACUCUUGCCACAUUCCUCCAUGGCUGCAGACUCUCCAUUCUUCCUUCUACUUCCAAAAAAGAUGCUGGACAAACGAAUGCCAAAUCGGGAGCUAGUAACAGUAAAGUUUCUCAAAUGAAUAUUCAAGCAAGACCAAAUUGUCUUGACCCAAAUCCCCAAAAUAACAAUUCUAGCGUUGAUACAGGGUCUAAGUCAAAAUCACCUGCAGUCGGCACAAGUGAGCAGACUGCACAGUCUUACAAACACUUAACUAUUAAUCCAUCGUAUUCCUAUGUGGAUGCCAUAUGUGAAGAUGAUGCCAGAAUUCCAUCUUUUUUUGUGCAGGAAUAUAAUUGGCAAGAUCAUGGGUAUGCAAUGUGCUCAAGGUUACUUGGUGAUGUUGGAGCAUUCUUUGAUGAUCGAUUUGCAGCAGCACUGAACAUUGUCAUCCCAGCUUCCAAGGAUCAGUCUCAGCAGUCGGGUAAUGUUGAUCCACUCAACAACACACUCUGUGGACCUCUUCUUGCAAAAGCACUUUGGAAUCAUGUUCAGUGGCUUUUGGGUAUACAUCAUGAUGAUUGUGACUACACAGACCUGAAUAAGAGAUUAGAUCCUCACGUGAGAGAUUUUGUCAAGAAAUCGUGUUGUUUCCCUGAAACGUUAGCUGAUACCAACUCCAGUCCAGUGACCACCAAUAGUGUUCAAACUAGCAUGGUUGAAAUGAGCGUGAUAGUUAUGGAGGCUCGUCUACAAUCAGAACUACUUUAUGCACUCAGAGCCAUCAUGCUCCACCAUUGUUAAAUGGCCAUUUUUUGGCUGCUACUGAGGUCUCAUACAUAUGCUACAGAUUCAGUCUCACCCUGACAAUGAAGACUGGGUAUUAUGGGGAGAUAAGUGGAUUUAUUUUCUUGUAGUGCUCUGAUGCAACGUCUGCCAGGUAAUGUGACGGGGUUUAUGGCAUAGCAUUGAGAUUCAGCUGAAGUGUGAUAUUUUAGGCCAAUAAGGAAAUUUUACAAUGUGUUAUUGUUGUGAUUGGCACUUAUUAUAUUCAGUACAGUCAACCAAUUUUAUUUUAGUUACAUCUCUAGUGGAUGUAAUGUAUUGCUUUUAGUGAUUUGAUGCAAUUCUUUUUUUGUUCGGUAAUGCCCAAUACUUCAUCAAAUAAUUGAUAUUUGAUGGCGAUAUUUCAUCCCAUAUGGUUUUCAGUAUUCCGUUAGAUGCACCGAUGCAUAAUUCUGUGUAUUAUGUAUGGGUGUCAUGCUCUUUUAAAGAAGGGUUUUGUUUACUAUUAGAUUUUGUGAUGUAUCAGCUAUAAGGUUCUUUACCCCUGAAUCUCAUGAUUUUUGCUAUUACUUGGGGACUGCCAUGAAAUUAAAAAUAGUUAUAAUGGUAAAAUACUAUUUUGAAAGGAUUUGUUUAGCUAAAGGUAUAAUUUUUCUACAAUGUAGCUUUAAGCACAUCAAUAGCCAUCAUGAGUACAGAAAUUAACCAACUGAAUAGCAGUUAAGACAGGUUAGUUUGACCUUUUGGUAUGAAUUGUUUAAAAUGACACAUUUAAGGAAUAGAUUAUACUGCAGGCUAAAUCAUCUGGCUUUUCUCAAUAAUGAAUGGUAUUUGGUAGCUGCUGCUGCAGCAAUCUAAUGUUUGCACUGCUGUUGAACAUUUGACUGAGGUUACACACUGAUAGCUGUGAGGGUGGAUGGAUUUACUGUAAUUUAUUUACAAUCUCCUGUCUUCUGAUAAUCAUCGAGAUGCUGUAAUUCUUACAAUUUUUGAUCUCAUCACACAGAAUUGUUUAUAGUAGGUCAGUGUUAUUUACAAAUUGUAGUAUAGACGUGUGUGUCAGUGUGUGUCAGAUAUGUUAUUUUUCAUUUUGUCCAGGCCCACUAGUCACGGGACAUUAUUGUUUGCCUUUUAUUUCAUGUAUUUUUUCUGGAUAGCUGUGAGAUAUAAAGAGAAAAUAUGAUUGUUUGCAUGAGUGAAAGAAUUGCCAAUCUGUUAUAAGCUGUGCGCAAAUGUACAUUUUGAUUUUUCAAAGCUCAUAAUUUUUCAUCAACUCUGAAGUAAGACUAUAAGCACUGUAUAUGUGUGUAUUAUAAAGAAUCCAGUGCUGCGGUGUAUAACGAAUAUCCAAUGUACACUGAUGUGAGGUACAGUUUUAAGAUGCCAUGAUAGCAAAAAGUGUUCCACACAAACUAAAAUCUAAGGUAAAGUUAAGGUUCUUUAUGAACUAAUCCUAAAGAAGUUGCCUUUUAUAUAUAAGAUAAUAAUUGUAUGCAGAUACUUCAGUCAAGGAUUUAUGAUGUAAAAACUAACAUAAAAUAGACCUUGUGAGAGUUAUCAUUAUCAUCUCAGGAAAUUUUUAUGUAACGUACAAAAUUGUCUAGGUGACAUAGACAAUGGAGGUGUUAAAAUUAUCCAUAGUAAGUGUAAAUUCUAAAAAGCAGGAGAUUUUUGAUAAUGAAGCAGAAUAGUUAUACUAUAUAUAUUUUUGAGAGAUGGGAAGUUGUUGAUGCUUGAGGUAGAGAUGCAUUAUACUGGAUUGAAUAAGAGCAUAAGAGCAGAUUAUUGCAUUAAGUUUGCAUAUAUGAUUACCUUGUAUAGAAGAGGUUAAAAUGGCUUUAUGGCACUUUAAUAGUUUUCUUCUAUGAUUAUGAUAAUGAAAGUAACAGAGAAUUGCCUAAGAAGUAGUAAUGAAUGAUCUCAUUUCGUAUUGUAUGGGUCUGAUUCAUUUUUGUGUUUGAUUUUGUCCAUUAGAUAUUGG